AUGGAACCCCGCCGCUUCCUCUGCUGCUGCCUUGUGGCCGUCCUCGCCGUCGCCUCCCGCCGCUGCGACGCGCAGGGCGGCGCCGGCAACGGCACCGGGCGCUUCGCCUGCGUCGUGCCGGCCCCGUGCGACACGUUCGUCCUGUACCGCACGCAGUCCCCGGGGUCCCUCGACCUCGGCGCCAUCUCGGACCUCUUCGGCGUGAGCCGGGCCAUGAUCGCCGCCGCCAACAACCUGAGCUUGAUCGACGAGGACGCAGCGCUGCUGCCCGACCAGCCGCUGCUCGUGCCCGUCAGGUGCGGCUGCACCGGCAACCGCUCCUUCGUCAACGUCACCUACCCCAUCCACUCCGGCGACACCUUCUACGCGCUCGCGCUCACCGGCUACGAGAACCUCACCACCCCCGACGUCAUCCAGGAGCUCAACCCGCAGGCUGUUUUCAACAAGCUCAAUGUCUCCCAGCUGGUCACCGUGCCGCUCUUCUGCCGGUGCCCCACGCCGGCGGAGCGGAGCGCCGGGGUGCUGCAGCAGAUCACCUACAUGUGGCGACCUGUCGACACCAUGUCCCGGGUGAGCAAGCUGAUGGGAUCCGACGCCAGCGCCAUCGCUGCGGCCAACAACGUCAGCGCCGACUUCACCUCAACGACUAUGCUGCCGAUGCUGAUCCCUGUGGCGCGGCCGCCGGUGCUUCCUCCGCUGCGCUAUGGCCCGAGCGCGACCACCGGCGAUCCCGGAGCUACCAAGCGCUUCUCGGGUGCCACCGUAGCGGCCAGCAUCGCGGGGUCUCUCGUCGCGGUCGCCGCCUUGUGCGUGGCCAUCUUCGGGUACCGGAGGUACCGCAGGAAGAAGGCCACGGUGCACUCGGCAUCCAGGUUCGCGAGCCCGAGGUUUUGCUUUAACCAGAACGCCUACGGGAUUCAGAGCAGCAGCUCCAUCGCUCGCAUGAUCAACGGAGGGGACAAGCUGCUCACCAGCGUGUCGCAGUUCAUCGACAAGCCCGUCAUCUUCGGUACGGCGGAGAUCAUGGAAGCGACGAUGAACUUGGACGAACGGUGCAGGAUCGGCAGCUCCUACUACCGGGCCAAGCUAGAAGGCGAGGUGUUCGCGGUGAAGCCAGCGAAAGGCGACGUGUCGGCGGAGCUGAGGAUGAUGCAGAUGGUCAACCACGCCAACCUCAUCAGGCUGGCCGGCAUAUCCAUCGGCGCGGAUGGGGACUACACCUUCCUCGUGUACGAGUUCGCCGAGAAGGGCUCGCUUGACAAGUGGCUGUACCAGAAGCCUCCGUCCUCGCUGCCGUCGUCGAGCUCAUCAGUGGACACGCUCUCGUGGAACCAGAGGCUGGGCAUCGCGUUGGACGUCGCCAACGGCCUGCUCUACAUGCACGAGCACACUCAGCCGAGCAUGGUGCACGGCGACGUCCGCGCAAGGAACAUCCUCCUCACCGCGGACUUCAGGGCCAGGAUAUCCAACUUCUCCGUGGCCACGCCGGCGAUGGCCGACGCCGCGGCGACGAGCAGCGACGUGUUCGCCUUCGGUCUACUUGUCCUAGAGCUUCUCUCGGGAAGGACGGCCAUGGAGGCGCGCGUCGGCGCGGAGAUCGGCAUGCUGUGGAGGGACAUACGGGCGGUGCUGGAGGCCGGCGACAAGAGGGACGCCAAGCUGAGGAAGUGGAUGGACCCCGCCCUUGGGGACGAGUACUACCUGGAUGCGGCGCUCAGCUUGGCCGGCAUGGCGAGGGCUUGCACGGAGGAGGACGCGGCGCGGCGGCCGAAGAUGGCCGACGUCGUGUUCAGCCUAUCGAUGCUGGUGCAGCCGUUACCGGUGGGCGACGCGUUCGAGAAGCUAUGGCAGCCCAGCUCGGAGGAGAACAUUAGGAUUGUCAAUGAAGUGGCAGCCAGAUGAUAUCGGAAUUCGGAUCGGAACAUAACUGAAUCUAGUGACUAAUCUAGGAAGUUCUUAGUCUGGGUGGUGCGUGCAGUAAUUUGGUUUAUUUUGAUGAAUGUGUGAAAAAUGUUGAUGUCUUGU